AUGCUUAAUGCAAGUGUUUUUAGCUGGUGCGAAAGUUUAGUUGAUCUUACAAUUCCAAGUACUUUAAAAGUUAUUGGUUCUUAUGCUUUAUCGCACACACCUUUAUUCAAUCUUUCAGUUCCUGAUACAUUUGAAGAAAUUCAGGAUUAUGGACUUGCUUCAACAAAUAUUCAUUGGAUAAAAUAUCCAUAUCAGACAAUAAUUGGACAAUAUGCUUUUGCAUAUUGUGCUCUCCAGUCAUUAGUUAUCCCAGAUGGAGCAACAUAUAUUGGUAAUUAUACAUUCGCAAACAGUUAUUUGAUAUGGGUGAAAUGUCCAGAAUCAAUAACACAGAUAAGAUCAAAUGCAUUCGAUGGAUCCAGAAUUGCACGCGUUUAUAUACCAAGUCAUGUCAUCGACAUUGGUCCAGCAAUAUUCCAAAAUUCACUAAUAAGGCAUUUCUCUCUUUUCGAAGGUUUCACAUUCAUACCUGAAGCAAUGUUUGCGUAUUCAAAUAUAUUGGAGUUCACAGUUCCAAGCACAGUAACAAGAAUUGAACGAUGGGCAUUUAGAGGAUGUAAGUUAACAACAAUUAUUAUCCCAGAAGGAAUUACACAGAUUCAAGAUGGAACAUUUAGAGAAUCUAGCUUAUAUACAAUCAAACUUGCAUCAACAAUAACGAGCAUUGAUGACUUUGCUUUCUAUAAAAGCAACUUACAAUUCAUUGAUCUUCCAUAUGGAGUAACAUUUAUUGGUGACAGAGCAUUUGGACAAACACAUAUGGGAAACAUCACACUUCCAAGUAGUAUGACAUCGAUUGGAGAAGGAGCAUUCAGAGAAUCGAAUGUAUCAAUAAUACAUCUUCCUAACACAAUAACAUCUGUUGGAAGUUAUGCUUUCUUCAACUCAUCAUUGAUAUCAUUCGAUUUGACAUCACAAAUGAGUAUAGGAUAUUAUUUGUUUUCAUGGACUCCAAUGCCUCAUAUCACACUGCCAAGUGACAGGUACAGUAUAUAUGACUAUGAAUAUGCAUAUACAAAUCUUGUUGAUUUUACCAUUCCAAGUACUGUAAGAUCAAUUGGUCAGUAUGCAUUUGCCGGAUGUUCAUUUGAUGAAAUUAGAGUUCCAGAAGGACUCGCAUCUCUUUCUUCAAAUGCAUUUCGUGAUACAUGUAUCAAACAUAUAUAUCUCCCAUCAUCAUUAAAUACAGUCAACUCUUAUUGCUUUUAUAAUGCAACAUGUCAAUUAGUCGAUUUCCAGGAUUCUGUAAAUUACAUUUAUUCUUAUUGCUUUGCUCACAGCAAAAUUCCUUCAAUUGUUAUUCCUAACUCAGUAACAUAUAUAUAUGAAUAUACAUUUGCACAUAGUAUGUUCCAAAUUAUUCAACUUUCAAAUUCAAUUACAACUAUAUCAAACAAUGUAUUUUAUAAUGCUUCUAAACUAGAAGGAAUUGAACUUCCAGAAACAUUACAAUCAAUUGGACAAUAUUGUUUCAUGUACACAACAUUUACAACAAUUACAAUACCUUCAAAGGUUCAAACAAUUCCGUAUGAAUGUUUUAAGCACACAAUGUUAGAAACAAUUUAUCUUCCAAGUGGAUUGAAGUAUAUUGAAAAUUAUGCAUUUUAUAAUUCAUCACUCAGAAAUGCAGAGAUGCCAGAAGGUCUUGUCUCUAUUGGUCAAUAUGUCUUUUAUAACACAUCUCUAACAUAUUUGAAUCUGAAAGAAAACUUCACAACAUUAAAUACAUAUGCAUUAUAUUCUAGUUGUAUUACACAAGUAACAUUUCCUCAUUCAAUCAGAAAUAUAUAUUCAUAUGCUUUUCAAAAUACAUCAAUUCCAAACAUCAUUAUUCCAGAAGGUUUAGCAUAUCUUGAAGAUUAUACAUUCUAUGAUACUGUAAUUUCAUAUAUUGAUUUGCCUUCAACUCUCACCAGAAUUGGAAGUUAUGCAUUUAAGAAUUGUUCAGUUAAAACAUUGAUUUUGAAAGAAGGAUUACAAACAAUAGAUAAUAAUGCAUUUAGUAACAGCAGUUUGACAUAUUUAUCACUUCCUUCCACAAUUCAAUCUAUUGGAGAUUAUGCAUUUUUAUACUGUCCAUUACAAACAUUAAUUUUACCUAAGAUUGCAAAUAUAACGAAAAUUGGAAAAUAUGCAUUUGCAUAUCUUGAACAGGAAAAUAUAACCAUUCCAGAUGGAACAUUAUCACUUGGAGAAGGUACAUUCAGAGGUGCAAUAACAAAAAAGUUGAUAUAUCCAAAAACUUUGAAUGAUGCAGGCAAUUGGUCAUUCACUGAUUUUAUUACUGAUAAAUUAGCACUCCCAGAUGAAUUAGGUUCUAUUGGAAAUUAUUCAUUUGCUGUUAGCCAUAUUGAUAUGAUCUCUAUUCCAAAUACAGUUCGUUAUAUCGGUGAAGGUGUUUUUAUUUCUACAAAUAUUGACAAUGUGUUAGUUCCUCUAUUUGCAUAUGCAGGAAAAAGAGCGUUUGAAGAUUGUAAAAAUGUAAAAUAUGUAAACAUGGGUCAUAAUGCAUAUAUUGGUGAUGGUCAUUCAAUAAUUGCUAUUCGAUAA